UGCUGAUGGCCUGCCGGCCUUGCCGAGGAGCUGGGCGUAUCUGGUGUUGCCGAUCACACAAGAGUGAGCCUCGCAGCUGGUCCCUGCUAGAGCAGCUGGGCCUGGCUGGGGCAGACCUGGCAGCCCCUGGGGUGCAGCAGCAGCUGGAGCUGGAGCGGGAGCGGCUGCGGCGGGAAAUCCGCAAGGAGCUGAAGCUGAAGGAGGGUGCUGAGAACCUGCGGCGGGCCACCACCGACCUGGGCCGCAGCCUGGGCCCCGUGGAGCUGCUGCUGCGGGGCUCCUCGCGCCGCCUCGACCUGCUGCACCAGCAGCUGCAGGAGCUGCACGCCCAUGUGGUGCUGCCCGACCCGGCGGCCACCCAUGAUGGCCCCCAGUCCCCCGGUGCGGGCGGCCCCACCUGCUCGGCCACCAACCUGAGCCGUGUGGCGGGCCUGGAGAAGCAGUUGGCCAUUGAGCUGAAGGUGAAGCAGGGGGCGGAGAACAUGAUCCAGACCUAUAGCAAUGGCAGCACCAAGGACCGGAAGCUGCUGCUGACAGCCCAGCAGAUGUUGCAGGACAGUAAGACCAAGAUUGACAUCAUCCGCAUGCAACUCCGCCGGGCGCUGCAGGCGGGCCAGCUGGAAAACCAGGCAGCCCCGGAUGAGACCCAAGGUGAAGUCAGCACUGUGCUUAAGCUGGAUAACACAGUGGUGGGGCAGACGUCUUGGAAGCCAUGUGGCCCCAGUGCCUGGGACCAGAGCUUCACUCUGGAGCUGGAGAGGGCACGGGAACUGGAGUUGGCUGUGUUCUGGCGGGACCAGCGGGGCCUGUGUGCCCUCAAAUUCCUGAAGUUGGAGGAUUUCUUGGACAAUGAGAGGCAUGAGGUGCAGCUGGACAUGGAACCCCAGGGCUGCCUGGUGGCUGAGGUCACCUUCCGCAACCCUGUCAUUGAGAGGAUUCCUCGGCUCCGACGGCAGAAGAAAAUUUUCUCCAAGCAGCAAGGGAAGGCGUUCCAGCGCGCUAGGCAGAUGAACAUCGACGUCGCCACGUGGGUGCGGCUGCUCCGGAGGCUCAUCCCCAAUGCCACGGGCACAGGCACCUUCAGCCCUGGGGCUUCUCCAGGAUCCGAGGCCCGGACCACGGGUGACAUAUCGGUGGAGAAGCUGAACCUUGGCACUGACUCGGACGGCUCACCUCAGAAGAGCUCGCGGGAUCCUCCUUCCCGCCCAUCGAGCCUGAGCUCCCCGAUCCAGGAAUCCUCCAUCACUCCCAAGCUGCCUUCGGAGACCCAGGAGACCCCAGGCCCCGCCCUGUGCAGCCCUCUGAGGAAGUCACCUCUGACCCUUGAGGAUUUCAAGUUCCUGGCGGUGCUGGGCCGGGGUCACUUUGGGAAGGUGCUGCUCUCCGAAUUCCGGCCCAGUGGGGAGCUGUUCGCCAUCAAGGCUCUGAAGAAAGGGGACAUUGUGGCCCGAGACGAGGUGGAGAGCCUGAUGUGUGAGAAGCGGAUCUUGGCGGCAGUGACCAAUGCGGGACACCCCUUCCUGGUGAACCUCUUUGGCUGUUUCCAGACACCGGAGCACGUGUGCUUCGUGAUGGAGUACUCGGCCGGUGGGGACCUGAUGCUUCACAUCCACAGCGACGUGUUCUCUGAGCCCCGUGCCGUCUUUUAUUCCGCCUGCGUGGUGCUGGGCCUACAGUUUCUUCAUGAACACAAGAUUGUCUACAGGGACCUGAAGUUGGACAAUUUGCUUCUGGACACCGAGGGCUACGUCAAGAUCACAGACUUUGGCCUCUGCAAGGAGGGGAUGGGCUAUGGGGACCGGACCAGCACAUUUUGUGGGACCCCGGAGUUCCUGGCCCCUGAGGUGCUGACGGACACUUCAUACACGCGGGCUGUGGACUGGUGGGGGCUGGGUGUGCUGCUCUACGAGAUGCUGGUUGGCGAGUCCCCAUUCCCAGGGGAUGACGAGGAGGAGGUCUUCGAUAGCAUCGUCAACGAUGAGGUCCGCUACCCCCGCUUCCUGUCCGCCGAAGCCAUCGGCAUCAUGAGAAGGCUGCUGCGGAGGAACCCAGAGCGGAGGCUGGGAUCUAGCGAGAGAGAUGCAGAAGAUGUGAAGAAACAGCCUUUCUUCAGGACUCUGGGCUGGGAAGCCCUGUUGGCCCGGCGCCUGCCGCCGCCUUUUGUGCCCACGCUGUCUGGCCGCACCGACGUCAGCAACUUUGACGAGGAGUUCACCGGGGAGGCCCCCACACUGAGCCCGCCCCGUGACGCGCGGCCCCUCACAGCCGCGGAGCAGGCGGCCUUCCUGGACUUCGACUUCGUGGCGGGGGGCUGCUAGCCCCCUCCCCUGCCCCUACCCCUGCCCGAGAGCUGUUAGUUUUUAAAAAGGCCUUUGCGAUUUGCCUGAUCCAUGCA